GUCAGUUAGUUCAGCAGAGUGACAUGCUGCUACAGGGCACUGACUGAGCGCGGAGCCCCUUCGGCACGGCAGCUUCACGAGAGCGCGCGUGCGUUCCGGUGGAAACAUCCGAGGACAACGGCCACUCGUAUAAAUCCUCGACGGCAGCAGCACGCGUACAUUUUCACCAGCUGAAUCUUUCAAUUUGGACUUUUCAUCCCCCCAGAUUAUUCCACACAGUACAUUUUCGCGGUUUUUCCUCUGUCCCCAUAAGUUACAAGCGGUCUCGUUCGUUGUGCGUCACACGCCAAUACUACUACAGUGUACACUGUGCUGGGAAUCUUCUUUCUGCCACUUCCCACAGGGAAUCGAGUUUCUUUUGCCUUUAGGUCACCUAACAGAUUCAUUCAACCUUGAGCGCAUGUUCAGGGCAUCGCUGGAUACUGCACUUUCCGCGGCUUUCGGGACUCUUUCACUUCAUUUUGUUCACGUGAGUGAGUGAGGAAAAAUGCUGAAGCUCGCGCUCUGCGUCCUGCUGUUCGUCCUCCCCGCGGCGGACUCGCGGCAGCUCCGCAAGCGGCAGACCCGCUGUCCGCAGGUGUGCGACCCGUCCGGCUGUCGCCCCGUCACGGACACGUGCUACUACGGACACGUGAAGGACUCCUGCGGCUGCUGCCGGCUGUGCGCCUCAGGCGAGGGCGACCCGUGCGGGGAGCGCGCGCUGCCCGCCUGCGGAGAGGGCAUGGUGUGCGAGCACGCGGCGGGCGGGCGCAAGCGGCGCCGCGGUGGCUCGUGCGUGUGCGUCUCCGCGGGGCCCGUGUGCGGCAGCGACUGGAGGACGUACCCGAGCAUCUGCCGCCUGAGAGCCGAGAACCGGAGAGCGGACCGGAGCGGGACCCCCCGCGUCAUCCUGGUCCAGAAGGGAAGCUGUGACUCGGGGCCACAGAAUCCUGGCAGCAUGCGCUACAAGUUCAACUUCAUUGCAGAUGUGGUGGACAAGAUUGCCCCAGCCGUGGUCCAUCUGGAGCUUUUCCUCAGAAUGCCAUUCUCCAAGCAGGAGAUCCCAGUAUCCAGUGGCUCUGGGUUCAUUGUGUCAGAUGACGGCUGGAUCGUGACCAACGCACACGUCCUAUCCAACAAGCAGCGCAUCAAGGUGGCGCUAAAGAGCGGGGCACAGCAUGACGCCAUCGUCAAGGAUGUGGACCAGAAACUAGACAUAGCACUCAUUAAAAUUGAGUCAGAUAGUCCCCUGCCCGUCCUGCUGCUGGGCCGCUCCUCGGACCUGCGGCCAGGAGAGUUCGUGGUAGCCGUAGGCAGCCCCUUCUCCCUGCAGAACACUGUGACCACAGGCAUCGUGAGCACCGCACAGAGGGGCGGCCACGAGCUGGGCCUCAAGGACUCCGAUAUGGAAUACAUCCAGACGGACGCCAUCAUCAAUUAUGGCAACUCGGGGGGACCACUCGUGAACUUGGAUGGUGAUGUCAUUGGGAUUAACACAUUGAAGGUCACAGCAGGAAUAUCAUUUGCAAUUCCAUCAGACAAAAUACGCCAGUUUCUAGCAGAAUCCUAUGAUAGACAAAUAAAAGGAAAGACUCUUCCGAAGAAGAGGUACAUGGGGGUCAGAAUGCUCCAGCUCUCAGCUGCUUUGAUCCGAGAUCUGAAGGACCGUGACAGGGACUUCCCAGACGUCAGCUCAGGGGUGUAUGUGUAUGAAGUGAUCCCAGGCACAGCUGCAGCCAGCUCCGGGAUAAAGAACCGGGAUGUGAUUGUAAGCAUCAACGGUCAGCCUAUUCAGACCACAGAGGACGUGAGUGAGGCAGUGCAGUCUGCUAGCAGCCUCUCUGUGGCGGUGCGACGUGCAGACGAAGACGUGACGCUCACAGUAGUCCCUGAGGAAAUAGACUAGGCUGCUACUUACCAAGGAGAUUCUCUGUGUCUGCGAGGGGCAGCACUCCUUCCUGCAAGUGAAGUCUCCAUGUACCGUGUGUACAGAUAGCCUCCAACCCAACAGAAGAGCACUUAAUCUGUAUUCCUUGUGGGGAAAAACAAACUGGUCCACCUCUUUUCACAAUGAUCAUACAGCUUAUAAAGUCAAACUUACCACUUUUUUACAUAAGCCAAAAAAAAUUAUGUUCUUAUAUCCCUUUUGGCUUUAUAGCA